AAGACAGUGUAUAUUUGCCUUCGAAACGCGUACGACGUGUUUACGAACGUCGCUCUCACUCUUUAUAUAUUCAGAAAAAAUAAACAUAAAAUAAAAUAAAACGAUAACAGUAUACCAAUAAUUAUUCAAAUUCGUAUUCGUAAGUCAUUUAUUACCACACAUCGGUAAAUUUACACAAAUAUAAACUGCUAUUAAAAAUUUAUACCUAUCCGUCGCUAUUAAGGACAGCAGCAACCAAGUAUUUUCUCGAUUAUGGAUGAAUAAAUCGCCUAUCUGGAAAGUUUGAUGGAUUAGAAUGUGAUCGGUUGUGUGCAAAGAACUUACGGUAGUUAUCAUAACAUGAUUGCAGAAAUAAUAGCUGUAGAGAAGAAACGCAAAAGUUUGUGUUAAUUUCCGCGGACACCUGUGCAGUUGUAUGCAACAUAUAAUGAUUUUGCAUUCCCGGUGAUGAUCCAGAAAAGGCUGUGCUUGUUGCAAAUCUGGUAGAUUUUAUUAUCCUUUUGGUAAACUUGAUGCGCGAUCUGAUCUAGUGCAGCACCACAAGAGAAGAGCAAUGAAAUAAGCGAGAGCGAUAUAAAAAAGCAUGCUGAGUAAUGCAUUGGUCCUCGUCACACUGCACCGUACCUUCACGCUCACAUUCUCGAUACCGCAAGUGAAGGCUACGUUGUGAAACCUAGCCAGCGUACCGCGUGAGUGUGAUAAAUCAUUUCUCGCUCAUCGCACGCGUAACCGACGACAUUGUGCAAAGUAGUAGCUCACUGAAUCAAAAUGCAAGUAAUUGAUAUCCUUUUUUCGGCAGCUGAAAAUCCAUCUCCGCGGCAAAGGUCGUUUGUGAACUGCGUCUAUUAUUGAUCGACCUUUAUUACCAAGUUUAUCGAAUAAUAGAACAUUAGAUUGUUUAUUCGUCCGUGAAAUCGUCGUGCAACGGGAAAAUCAUUGAAACGUCGCGCAAAUCGCUCUGCUGAGUAUUACAUUGAAACUGUGAUUAUAGUUUUAAAAUAAGUGUGAAGUAUUGUUUACGAUAUACGUAAUAUGAAAAAGUAUAGUCAUCUUGAAAGAUUUGGCUCGGCCAAUGUGCACACGUGCUAAAGUGGAUCAGAAAAUUAUCAUUAAUCAAGUUCUUAGAAGAACGUUGAACCUGAGCAUGAAAGGAAAAAGAGUGUGAUUGAAUUGAAGCGCAAACUGCUUCUGUAGUUCUAAGUUGGCUAGCCGUGAGAUUAUUUCAAUGUUUUCGUCUAGAGAAAUCCACGAUUCCUUAUGAUUCACUACGAGCGUUUUCGGUACCACAAAAAGCACAAAAAUAAGUAGUCUCGCGGUAUCGACUCAACUCGCAACGGUAUUGCGGACUAUUGAUAUUAGUAUAAAGACAGUGAACAUUUUUUUAGUGUAAUAGUGAUAGUGUGUAUAGUGUCAAAAAAUCAUAGUUUUGAUUAAAUCUUGGCAGUUCUGUUCGGGUAAGAGGAAUUAGAACGCCGCACGUGCAAGUUGAUUUGAUGGCUCAACCUAGGUAUGAUGAUGGCCUGCAUGGCUAUGGAAUGGACAGUGGAGCAGCGGCGAUGUACGACCCACACGCUGGACAUAGGCCGCCAGGGUUAUCUGGCUUACCUCCACAUCACUCACCUCAUAUGAACCAUGCAGCGGCUGCAUCAGUCGGUAUGCAUGGUUAUCAUGGAACCUCUAGUCAUGUAUCACCAGCCACAAGUCACAUGGGUGCAGUGCAACCAGAUGUGCAUAAACGUGAUAAAGAAGCUAUUUAUGGACACCCAUUAUUCCCGCUGUUGGCUCUAAUAUUUGAGAAGUGUGAACUGGCGACGUGUACACCCCGAGAACCAGGUGUUGCGGGUGGUGAUGUGUGUUCCUCAGAUUCUUUCAGUGAAGAUGUGGCAGUAUUUAGCAAACAGAUACGACAGGAAAAACCCUACUAUGUAGCAGAUCCAGAAGUAGACUCAUUAAUGGUGCAAGCUAUUCAAGUGCUACGGUUUCACCUCCUGGAGCUUGAAAAAGUACACGAGUUAUGCGAUAAUUUUUGUCAUCGAUAUAUUUCAUGUUUGAAGGGUAAAAUGCCAAUUGACUUAGUGAUCGACGAACGGGACACCACCAAACCACCAGAAUUAGGCGGUGCCAAUGGCGAGGGUAGAAGUAAUGCAGAUUCAACAUCACAUACAGAUGGAGCUAGCACACCAGACGUUGUGAGUACCCCCUUCGCGGGAGCACAUGGUCCUAUAUUGGCGAGCUACAAUGCGGUGGUGCACCCAUGUUCGUAGUACGACUAUGACCUUCUUGCAAAAACGAAGCGGGUGCUCACAAUGCCCUGGAAUAAUGGCCACAACUACGCUUGAGUUCGCGCUGACUAUGCUUAAUUGUACUACUUUAGAUACAACAAAUUGAGAACGAAAAUACCAAAAAUUAAGCGAAACCAUAGCAUUGAUUAAAACUUGAUACUUUAGAGACAAGGCAAAAUGGAUACACGCCAAUGUAAAUCUGCAUUAACAUCUUACGUUCCAGCGACAUUGAGAUGAUUAAAGAAGUUUGCAACAUGUACAGAAGCUGCAACCACACUACAGGACUCAGCUCAUCACUGUUAUAAGACUCAAAUCCAUGUGUGAACAAUUUCAAACGUCUGGAUGCAAAAACUUGAACCGACGGAGAAAUGGCAAGUGUGCAUGUGCAACAGAGAGAAAAACGAAAAAAAAACACAAUGCAAAUAAUAAAUAAAGUGGAAAAGAAGAUUUGCUAACAAGUCUGUGAGUGCAAACAAUCACACUCGGACCACCGGUUCAGGUGCGAAGCUUCUUUUGUGUGUAUGUAUAAUCUCGUUUUUCAUCUAGCAUAUUACAACGCUUUGAACCAUGAAUCCUGUUCGUGAAACAUUAAGCAUAGAGAGAAAGAGAAAUGCAUAAAUCAGACAAUUUGAAUGAAUUGUAGAUUCUGUACGUGCUGCAAACGCCUGAAUUUCAACAAUGUUUCAAGUAAAAGCAAACAGCAGAAAGAAUUUCAUUCUUGCAUCUUAAUUAUAAAUACAAAACAAAAUGAAUAAAGAAAAGUGAUGCGACAAACGUACGAAUCUAAAGUAUAGAUUGUAAAAGCAACUUUAUAUACGUAAUUAAAGUAUAAGGAUGAAAAGUAAAAGCUAAUUUCAAAUUUUAUUGAACGACUACAAAGCAAACCACCUGUAAAAGGCAAGCCAGGAAAUGAUAAAGAAAAUAUAGCAAGUAUACUUCGUUUUUGCAAGAAGCCCAUAUAGCUCGCCAAUUUCGAUUACCGGAACAAUUUGGCAACAAUGCGUGAGUGUGCACGGGUUCACGUCGUUGGUUCAUAAUGUUAAACGUAAUUUUUUUACAGAUUAUUGGGACGAUACUAAGAUCACUGACGGUUACCUCUCAAAUAUUUUUGUAAACAUAAAUAUAUGCAUUUAAGAACUCUUGAGGCUUUGAGCCAAGGUUCUUUGAUGAAACCGUCGGUGAUCUAUAAGUUAAAAUACAAUACUAACAAACUGCUCAAUUAUUCUUUCUAUUUCAACAGCACACUACCUGGUAAUCGCCAUUGUUGUCAAAUCGUUCCGCGUUUGCAUGUACAGAUGUAUUUGCUCUGAAAAAAUUAUUGUGUUUUUGUUUGUAUUAUCAUGCUAUUAGUUACUAAAAAUAACAGACUUUGGUUCUCUGAACGAUCAAAAUAGUACCUCUGAGGGUUUGGGACAACAAAAUAUAAAACAAAACCAUCAGAAUAGGUUAUGAUGGUUUUUUAUUUCCUUCGGUGAACUGGAUUCUUCAAUACGAUUGUUCAAUGUCGAUUUCCCUUCGCUUCGAGUUGAACUCUUUGAUGCAAGAAUACAUAGAAUCUAGAAAAUAUCUGAGUUUCAACAUUGAUCAAACAUUCAAUAACAUUUUGAAUUUUCUAUAGUGUAUGGAAAAUAGACAUUAAGGCCAAAAUAUAAUGAACGAUGCCGAUAUCUCAGAAUAAAUGUUCUGGAUUUUAAAUUUUAGUUGUAUUCUUUGCCUCUUUCGUAUAAUGUCGGACUUCUAAAGUUGAUCAGAAAGAAAAUAUGAAAUCUUUUAAGGAUGAAUCGAGCGAUAUACGUAAUUUACAUUUGACUGAAAUUUUUCUGUGUAGUAGUUUUCUGGAUAACAAAUGAUAUUGUUGUCCAGCUGUACCUACUAAUCUGUUAAACUAGGCAAAAUCUACCAUUAAAAAAACGAUCGCAUAGAGUUAUGUGAACGAAAUCAUUAUUAUGUAUACGACUUUAAUCCCUCGAUUACGAAACACUGCAAGGGGGUUUGAUUCUCAUGAUUUGUAAAAAAAAUCGACACAGGAUACUGCGAUAAACUAAAAACAAUUUAUUUUCAGUUAACCAAAUAUGUUUUAGACAUUUAUUUAGAAUCCUUGAAUACAAUCAAUACACGCAAUUUUAGAGAUACCGUUCUAUCAUAUAUUUAAUUUCACCCGUUUCAUAACAAGUCAAAGUGACUAAAUUUAUUUCCACAUUUUUUAUAAAUUUUACAUCUCUGUAACAUUAACAGCAACAAAUGAAUAUCAAAACCAAACAUUAGUAGCAACAAAAAAUCUGCAAAAUGAUUUCACUUGAAGAUUGAAUUCAUAAAAUAUCCCUAAAUUAGAAGUAAAAUCAUUCAAUGACUACCAGCUAAAUUCAACCCUAUAUACAUUUUACCUAGAUAGCCUCUAUGUUAAGAAUAAAAUUUAAUAUGAUGAAAGCGUAUACGAACUAUAUUUAAUAGAAAUAAAUAAAACUACACAAUUUGGAAAUGAACGAAAAUAUUUUAUUAUUGGAAUAUUUUUGUAAGUAUGUAAAAAGAAAGGUAUAUUUAAAUUAAUUCAAUCUAUAUAAUGUAAACUAUUUAAGAGAGGGCAAACUAGCAACAUUGAAUAGGUAACUAGUGAAACGCGUUUCUGUCGGUUAUACAAACAAACAUGAAUAUUAUUUUUCUCGAAUUUUUGUAUAAAAAUUAUUGAAAAAUAUCAAGCUAUAUGGGCAUUUUAGUUUAAAAAUUUUAUUAUCAGACGCGCAUGCAAGGAAAAAUACUAUACUAAUUACAAUGCUAAGUAGAAAAGGCAGAUGCAGACAAAGAAAAUCAUACUCAGUAUACAAGAAAGCAAAAUUUGUGAUUUUUAUUUAUAUCAUAGCGAAAAACCACAAAUGUUUUAGACAAUUUUCAUUAUGUUUGGAAAUGUUCUUUUGAAGUUAUGAUUUUUUGUAGCUAACAAAAGUGAAUGAGACGAAAAAUCCAAAUCAAUUAAUCACUAUGCAGUGAAUGAAGGUUAUUCAACAAACUCAGAAUUGAAAGCAGACUGUAGCUAAUGACAAAUUUGCCUGUAUUCCAAAAUUAGUUGUUAACGAAAAUUUUAUAUUGGAAAAUAAUGAACGACUUGAAAACAAGCAUAAUAAUAGAGUACAAAUCUGAAAAAAGUCCCUGCUGUAUUUUUUAUCUUAACCUUUUAUUUUGUGGGUCAUUUCCUUAAAUUCAUUAGUGUAACAAUAAUAUCCACUAAAAUGAAGAAAUUUUGAGAAUUAAGCUGCGGGUCGUUAAUUUUUUU